AUGGAACUGGAAAAUGUUACAUGGAUUACAGAAUUUCUUCUUCUGGGACUUUCAGAGGAACCAGAACUGCAGUCCUUCAUCUUUGGGAUUUUCCUCUCUAUGUACCUGAUCACCAUGUUUGGAAACCUGCUCAUCAUCCUGGCCAUCAGCUCAGAUCCCCACCUCUACACGCCCAUGUACUUCUUUCUCUCCAACCUCUCCAUGGUGGACAUUUGUUUCAUCUCCACCACCAUCCCAAAGAUGCUGGUAAACAUCCAGUCACAGAGCAAAGUCAUAACCUAUGAAGGCUGCAUAACCCAGAUGUAUUUUUAUAUUCUUUUUGUAGGACUGGAUAACUUAAUAUUGACCAUGAUGGCCUAUGACCGGUUUGUGGCCAUCUGUCAUCCACUGCACUACACAGUCAUAAUGAACCCCCAGCUCUGUGAACUGCUGGUUCUGUUGUCCUGGAUCAUGAGUGCCUUAAUUUCCUUGUUACAAAGCUUAACGGCAUUGCGACUGUCCUUCUGUAUAGACUUGGAAAUCUCACAGUUUUUCUGUGAACUCAAUCAGGUGAUACAACUCGCCUGCUCUAACACCUUUCUUAGUAAUAUGGUAAUGUAUUUUUCAGCUCUGCUGCUAGGUGGAGGUCCUUUUGCUGGGAUUCUUUACUCUUAUUCUAAGAUAGUUUCCUGCAUACGUGGAAUGUCAUCAGCUCAGGGGAAGUAUAAAGCAUUUUCUACCUGUGCAUCUCACCUAUCAGUUGUCUCCUUAUUUUAUUUUACAGUUCUAGGAGUGUACCUCAGCUCUGCUGCUACCCACAGCUCACAGUCAAGUGCAAUAGCCUCAGUGCUAUACACUGUGGUCACACCCAUGCUGAACCCUUUCAUCUACAGUCUGAGGAAUAAAGACAUAAAGGGGGCUCUGAAAAGUUUCUUUGUGAAGGAAACCACAAAAGGUCCAAUUGUCCUAGGACUAAAGAAGUGCCCAUGGUUGCGGAAGUCAAAGGCUCAGAGCCAGCUAUUGUGA